UACGUAAUUUGAUUCGAUUCUACUCUCCAAAAAACGCCAUUCACCACCCACUGAGAAGGAAUAUAAAAACUGCAGAAAACAGCAUCAACUUAGCGUUGUCUCCCGGCAUAAUUCCAGCUCUGAUAAUAUUCCUUUCUUCUUCGUUUGUCAACUCCAAAAAUGGCGAUCAAUCCUCAUAUGGAAGGGAAGCCGCUGAGGCAGAUGUCGGAGGCCUUCAAAGCCCUGUCCGAUAGUCUGAAUUCCCAAAAUAGCCUCGAUGAAGCCCACCUCGGAGUCGGUCCCUUCUCCCAGGCUUGCUCUCUCGUCUCCCCUCUCUUUCGUUGUCUUGGAAUCGCUUUCAAAUUUGCGGAAAUGGACUAUGUCGCCAAAGUGGAUGAUCUGGCAGAGACAUCUAAAUCAGUUGCAACUUUACAAGUCAUGAUGGAGAGGGACAUCGAAGCAAAUUGUGUCAGGAAGGCAGGAAGUCAUACUAGGAACUUGUUAAGAGUGAAGCGCGGACUGGAUAUGGUCAAAGUUUUAUUUGAACAGAUUUUAUCAUCAAAUGGAAAUUCCCUGAAGGAUCCAGCUUCAACAGCUUAUGCACAGGUAUUUGCUCCAUACCAUGCAUGGGCUAUUAGGAAAGCUGUGGCGGCGGGGAUGUAUGCGCUUCCUACAAGGGCUCAACUACUGAAGAAACUCAAUGAAGAUGAAAUCUCAGCAAAGACAAAGAUGCAAAUUUAUAUAGACUCAGUUGCCCCUAUCAUCUUGUACGUUGACAAACUCUUCACAUCUCGAGAUCUGGGUAUAGAUUGGUAAAUUUUUGUAUGUACCCCAUUUUUUGUUUGUGUCUCAAAUGGAAGCUUUACCAUACUUAUCAUAUAUCCUUUGUUUGUACAUAAGCAUGCCAGCAAUUAGCUUGUUACCAUCUCCUUCUUCUUAGACUUGGAUUACUGAACCAAGAUAAUCAAUUUGAGUGAAUAAUGUUAGUGAUGCUCCAUUACAAAAGGUUCUAUUGUUCCCACCUGGCAGUAUGAAUCGCCCCAGGGGUCGAAGAUCUUAGAGCCAUUUCUUCUGAACUGAUUUUCUCAUUGUUGAGCUGUCCCUAGGGUUUGUCUUUGUUUGAAAUAAUGGCAUUGUUGUCAAGUCAUUCUGAGGC